GGCGCCGAAGUAAACAGCAGUGAAGGUAACUUCCGUUGCCGUGGAAAUACCACAACAACCCUGUUUAGAAUAUUCAAAUGUGGAGGAGUGUUGAACCGGAAAGUAGGCCCUACAUCGACGAGAAGGGGAUGUUAUUGUUCGUUCGAAAAGGGACACCAAUCUAAAUGUUGUCUGCAUCAUGAGCUCGCGGCAGUUCUAGUUCUACUAUCCGUCUGUUCAAAUCGGCCUUACGUUGGAAGCUCCAAGGAAUCACAAGGAAUCACAAUGUUUCCGGAUCAAGAUGUCAAUCGUCAUAACUAUCAGCUACGCUUCAUGGAAAUGGAGAACAAGAUCAAGCGAUGUGAGCUUGAAAGAGCUGAACUCGAGCAACGCUUUGCGCAACUGAUGCGAGAACGUCAGGAAUGCGAAAAGGCUGCAGCUCGACAACUCAAAAUGAAGUACAAGCGAAUGAUGGAACUUGAGCGACAGAGAGCUGAACGUAACGAAAGUCUACUACGAAUGCUGCAUACAAUCGAUCAACAAGCAGCAUCGCUUGCUGCAAAGACAGAUCGAUUGAAGAUGCUCAAGACUCAAUACGAAUCAUAUCUGAUUCGAUCAUGGUCAUCACAGCGAGCACUUCCAUCUCCAUCUCCUAUUCCUCCAACGAGCGCUCAACAACCCCAGUACUUCAUGACUCAACCACAUGCUCCAUCCUUCCAGCUCCCUUCUCGACUUACCGAUUCUCCAAAGUCUGAAUUUGUUAGAUAUAUCUCCGAUAUGACACACGCUCAGACGGCCUCCUAUAAUCCCAUUCCACCUCCAACGGCUCUUUCCAACUAUAUCAACCAUCAGCACCAGUUUCCGACGCAGCAACAAUACAUGUCCCCAUACCUAACAUCAUCCUCCACAUUCACCCAAGAUCCUUUCAUGCGUCCUUCUGGAGAUUACCCUACUCUACAGAACUCCAUCGCAACUCAACCCCUGGUAUCCAAACUACCAUCCACUCCUAGCCGCUCGCCCUCGACUAUUCUUCCUGCAAAGAAAUUAGAACUCUCCAACGAAGAGUUUAUCCAAUACAUCGACAACGAAAUCUUGAAAGGAUCCUCCGCUACCGACUCUAUGGUAGCUACCAGUGAUCCACCUCCAGAUAUUGUGGUCGAACCGCCAUCGAUCACUUCAACGCCGCUUCCAGAAGCUUACCUGGAGGACGUUACCAACGACGAAGAUGACUACCUACGUCCACCUGCAGUGAGCCACACGCUUGAUGAUUCGCCUAUUAUCGAGGAGAUCGUCGAAUCAACGGCAAAACUCGAUCUCGACGAUAUAGCAGAAAUGCGAAAGCCAUUGACGGUUUCGGAUGACGCUAUCAUCAAUCAACGAUGGGAGAAAAUCGUUGAGGUGAACUCUACUGCUCGACCAUCCACGAAACCCCAUCCUGGGCAGGAUGCGCCUCUAGAUAUUAAUGAAUCGUCAUCCGAGAGAACGCCACUUGAGGACGUCAUUUCGCAAACGCUCCGUGGUGUCAUUUCUGAAGUAGAAGAGCUCUACGAGGCGCCAGUAGUUUCCGAUACAUCGAUAGCAGAAGGACUGGAUUUAUCCACGGUGGGCGAAGAACAAAAUUCGUCUGAUCAAGCAAACGACCUAGCGAACAUUUCAGCUGCAUUUGGAGAAAUACAGACUGAGUACCCGCAAUCGACUUACGAAACGGAAGCUGAGUAUCCGCCUAUUCAAGAUUAUCAGGACUAUCAGGAAGUUGCACCACCCGAAUACUCGUCGCAGGAUCCUGAAGAUUAUAAAUACGAUUACUCAACAACUGACCCGCAGUCAGUCGCACAAGCUCAGAAAUCAGAAGACCCAACUCGUUGGACAGCCUCCAGACACUCCGUACGUUCUAAAAACUAUUCCACUUCCCAAUCGCGAACUCCGGAAACAAUCGACGAAGUCGUCAGCAAUGGCGAAGAAAACCCCCCAGAAGAACACAUUUCACCGCCCAGGUCGAAGCAUUCCUCUCCAAUCGGUGAAAACGCAUCAGCUACGGAUAUUCACUACUCGGAACCGGAAACACAACCGGAACAACCCGUACCCAAAGAAGUCGACCAACAACAGUACGACUACUCCCAGUAUCCUCAAGAAUACGACCCUAAUGAUCCUAAUCAGCAAGCAGCAUACUAUCAGCAAUACACAGAUGAACAAACAGGACAGGAGCAAACGCAAGCUUACCAGGACUACGCUGAGCACGAUCCGAACCAGUACCAACAGGCGACCGAAUACCCUGGACCGACGCAGUACGUCUUUGAACAGGGUUAUUACGAUGAGGGGCAACCACAGCAGACCAUGGAGUCGGAUCAAAACCAAGGGUACUACGAAGGGGAUCCAAAUGCAACGGAACAGCAGCAGUAUUACGCGGAAGAACAAGUCGAUCAAGCUUACUACGACCAGUCUCAAGCGGAAGUGGAAUACGCAAACUAUGAAGAUCAAAAUGCUGGGGCUGCUGAUGCACCUGUUGCGAAUGAUGCUCCGCAAGAAGAGAUGUUGGAAAGCGUUGCGGAGGAAGAGGAGGACGAGGUGAAGCAAACGAAUGAUGAACAUCCGCAGGAGGAUGCUAGUCCGGAGCAAGAGGUUGUGGAUAUUAGGAGCAGUAGUGACGAACUGCUAGGGGGUGCUGAAAAUAAUUUGGGUUCUCCGGUCAAAGCAACCGUAUCCGGCAAGGAAGAUACGACCAUCAGCUCGGUGAACGAUGAAAGUGAUUUUGAUUUUUCGACGCAGUAAGAUCCGAAGCAGAAUAUGUCACGACCUGUUGGGUUUGUAUGUUGAGUAAAAAAUGGUUGUCUUAGUUGGUCAA